UCAAGUUCAGGCUCAGCGAGGGUCAGUCAGCUGUUCCCGACGCACCAAAACAAAGCCAAAAUGAACGCCAACACGCAGGUCCUCGAGCUGAAUGUGGAGGGGAGGCAGGUGGAUGAAGCAGUGUUAAGUCUUUUCCACACAUUGCUCUUCCAUAGAUCAACAGGAAAAUUCCACUACAAAAAUGAUAACACAUAUGCAGUUGGCACCAUUGGAUUCCAAGAUGUGGAUUGUGAUUUCAUUGACUUUACAUACGUGCGAUGUUCAUCUGAGCAACUGGACAGAAGCAUCCGGCGGGAAGUUAGUGGCUUCUGCGAAGCCAUCCGUGCACCUGAUGCACCUCCCAGUGGACAGGUCGCUCUAGAGUUCUACCAGCGUAAGCGUGGCAGGUGGCCCUUUGCCACUGAGAGCAUCCCUUGGGAGGUGUGGACCCUUAGAAUUAAUGUGGUUUCUUUGAACAAUGAGCAUGAGCGACAGAUCUGGCGAGAGAAGGUUGGAGAGUCCCUUGGCGAGCGGCUGCUUCGUAUCACCGACACACUGAACAGACACGACUACAUUCCCUCCCCGCCAAACCAAGCGGACAUUGACUACAUAUAUGACACCAAUUUUCCUGAUGUCCAGCCAUUUCUCUUUAAGGUAAACUACAGUGUGUCAGCCCCAAGUAAUCCCUCCACAACUACCACAAUCAAGAAACUCCUAAAGGACACGCUAGCACUAUAACAUUGGCUUAGUCCUAGGUUUCUGCAGCAUUUGUGUCUGUGCUGACUGGCAAAGGUCAGUCUGUGGAGUCUAGGCUGCUGUAAGGUUAAAUGCACACUCACGUAAUGUUACAUGGCACUACAACAGGUCUUGGAAGGGGCCUGAUUUAUACGGUUGGUCUCAGAAAAUGUGGCAUUGUGGUUGAUAGUCAUGUUAAACCUUUACCAUUUAGAUACACUAAAAAUUUUGUGGUAAUGAAGAUCUUGUUGAAGAAUGUUUUGUAUGUAUGAAUAUUUCAGACAGAAGCUUAUUUUGAAUAAUGAACUUAAAGUUUCCACUGGGCAUCACGCUGUUAUAAUAAACAUUAUUGAUAAGAAGGUAAAAGCACAAGAUAACUAUUUGAUCAGCAGGACCUGAAUAAUUGAAAAUGAGCAAGUUGAGCUGGAAUGGAUAGGAUUUUUCCCUAAACUAAACAUCAGUCAUUGCAAACAGUCACACAAGCCUGAGCUCAGCCUCUAAAGAUGACAGAUAAGAUAAAGGGGAUUAACAACCUUGAUAUCAUUCAUUGGAGAACGGGAGACGGAGACUGUAAAGCUGCUAAGGAGGGGAUUUGACACCUUUUAUUCUGACAAAAAUUUCUCCAGCAAGCAUGCAAGAGAAACAUUUAGGAACUGAAAUAAUUGUUUGGCUCCAAACUACAAAUCAGGGUUCAUGUGAGUCAAGUAACAUCAAUAAAUUAUCAGUACAAAAUCUCUAUUGGUGUUUUGUAUCUUUUAGCACCAGUGCCAUCAAUCAUGAACUGGUUUUGAGAAGCAUGGAAACAUGUCCUUCAUAGUACAAUUUUUGCAAAAACCUUAAUUCCCUUUAAAAAUUAUGGGAAGGAUCCUUCAUCCCAUUGGGGCUGGUAUAACAUGCUGAGCACAAAAUUUCAGUGGUCACAAAGUAGAUUUUAGUGUAGUUUGGAGUCCACUACAUGAUUCCUUCCUGCAAACUUGCACUUGCUCUGUGCUGGGGAUGUGCAGUGAUGGCAGGGAGGUGGCGCUGCCUCCCACACUCAGACAUAUGUCCUCAUGCUGUUUUAUCACAUGGUAUGAAUAUUACAAGAUGAGGUUCUUUCUUAGUAAUUAUUUAGAACUGUACAAGGUCAUACAUAACUAAGACUUUACAGGUGUAAGUUAACACUUUCCACCCCACAGCACCGCCAAGGCACGCAGUCUCUACCCCAGACUCUAGCGUUCGCCAAAGUCAAACCUCUUGUGUGCUGUUUUUCAAAAUAUGAGAAAUUGAUCUACUUGUUAGUAAUGUACUCUUCAUAGAGAACAUCAGCCAUUUUUGCAUCCCACAGAUAAGCUAUAUUAUACUCAUUUAUGCCACCAAAGGAUUGGAGGAUCUCCCUGCUUCCUCCUCUGUAUUUGGGAUCUGUUGUUUUAAAAGCACAUGAGAAAUUGGUCCAUUUGAAAAAAGAAAGCAUGAGGGAUUAACCCAGUAGCAGCGACGGGCCAAAUUUGUGGCUUUACCGUGUAGCGGCGACGGGCCAAAUUUGUGCCAUGAUAUAAACCCCAAAAAAUAGAUGAUACAUAAUCUGAUCACAAAUGCUUUGAUAUAUGUUAUGAAAUGGUUUGUGUGAGGUGUGAUUUUUUCUCAUUUUUCUCGGUUGGAGGGACCAUUAAGAAACAUGAUCCCCGCUGCUACCGGGUUAAAGUAACUUAAGUGUUGAAACAACUUCCACUGAGGGACGAGACACAAACCCACAAUGCUGUAAUGUGGGAAGGCCAAGGCUGUACCGCUGAGCCAAAGAGACGUCCCAUUGGCCCAGAGGAUUUUAGGGCCUUUUCUGCAUCAGCAUGGUUAUAAGACAUAUGGAAUUUUUUAUGGGUAAUCUUUUUUUUCAUUUUGGGAUACUCUCCCAGGAACCCAAGAUGUACUUUGUAAGUGAAAUAUUCUUCUGGUAACCCAGGACUGCAUAAAACACCCUGGGGUACAAGGGGUUGUUUGGAAUUCACUAAAUGCCAGUGCAAGAGAGAGUGAUGAUUUAUUUUGCCUAGAUAUUUUAAUGGGAGCCUUGAUGAGAGUUAACCUUUAUAUCACUCCAUAUAUGCAUCCAAUUUCUCUGAGACUCCACCCAGCCCUCAGAUUUUUUCAGUAGCAUCUGGCAGCUUGAUAUCUUUCUCUAAUCUUUAUACUUAUAUGCAUAUUUCAUUAUUUUUUGGCAUGCAUAAUAGAUGUACUCCAUGGCAUCUUUCUUCCUCAGUCCUAUCAAUACCCACACCUGCCAAUCAGCCAGUCUAUAAUGUGUUGUGUAUGCAUUGUCAGAGUUCACAAACACAUCUUAUAGUGUCUCCCGUGUGCCAGAGCUCAGUGAGGGAGGCAUUUAAUGAUCUUGUCCAAAGUCUGGCAGGGACUGAGGAAUGGAGAGCCCUUGCAAGGUACUCGUCAUACUCAGUUUACGGUACAAAAUUUGACUUCUUGGCUCUGUAAAUUCCCUUGUUACUUAAAUGCAUCACCAUUUUGAUCAUGUAAAGAUCCUCUAGAUUAGCAUAAGCACCUUCUUAAUUUACUACACAAUCUUAUCAUGCAGUUCUUUAUAAAUUUAGAAUAUAACUACAAAUUUUAGGUAAAUAAUGAUACAAAGAUAUCUCUGCAAUAGUAGAUAAAAUAGUCAUUAUCUUUUAUAAUUGCAAUUCCACCAUUAUCAUUGCUUCACAAGUGUACGCAGACCUUAGCAAACGCUGUUCAGUUAUUUGGAUCUUUUAUGAAUACUUUGAUUCCAGUGAAAUUCUGUGUGUAUUUCAAACAGAAAAUAGUGUGGGGAGUUUCAUGAAGCAGCACCUUGACAUGUCCAGUAAUAGCAGCUUCUUAGUCACAGAAAUCAUAUGUAACCUUGCCAGCAUUUCUUUUCAUAUGUCAUUUUCACAUAUUUGAGAAAGAAAUUCAUCUUUUGUAAAUACACAGCAUGCACUUGGUAAUAAAACACUGUUAUUACUCUUUAUAACAGCAUAUGUUGCAAUGAAAAUGUUUAGAAUUUAAGAAGAUAAGUUUUGUAGAGUUUUAUACAGAAGUGUUUAGCUUUUUAAAAUGUUUUUAGUGUUUCAAAGGAAUUGUAUACACAUGCUAGCAAGGAUUAUCUCGAGGGUGUCCAAGGGAAGAGCAGGAGCAGUACGGAUCAGGAUCACUCGGUGGUCCCAGGGAGAAAACACUUCCCUGAAUCCAAGACACGGGGUUUACUUUCCACCCCUUCAUUUUUUUCUUUUUUUCUAAUCAGGAAAGCAAACUAUUGUUAAAAAGUUAAAUUAACUGAAAAAUGCUCUCAUGCCCUUAUCAUGGAACUGCAUUUCUGCCAUAAGGAAAAUAUCAAAUAGGGAAAAAAGGAAUGUCACUUGCAAGUUUUUAUGUCUUAUUUCGUGGAGAUUAAGUUGAGACACAUAGGAAAAAAAAAUUUGGAGUGUGAUGACAUAUUCCUAACAUAAUGUGAUUGAGGAUGUACAGUAGGUUAGUUGAGAUGAAAAUAGGCUGCUAGCUAGCAAAGUAGGACACUAGAUAGCUGCGUCUGACUGAAGCUUUCAUGUAGUGAGAAUAGCAUAGAUGGAUCAGCUAACUUUCACACCCUCAUUUUGUAAGUGUACAUAGCCAUAUUCAUGCAUCAUCGUCGUCUCCUAUAGUCACUAUAUUAUGGAAACCAGCUUCUCAGAGUCCAUAUAAAGAAUGUAGCACCAUAUCUCAUAGAUCUUAUUUAAUUUUAGCCAUUAAUGUCCAUAUCCUAUCAAGGUAACUUAUUUUUGUAGCAAUCCAAUGCGUUGAUUUAAACAAGUGAGAUAUAGUCUUAAGCUUUAAAGGGUUGUAUGUUUAUUACUUACCCUUCUGUGCUCUCUUGCCUUCGUCUCUGAUUAUUUCCUUUGGUUUUUGUUUUCCCCACAAUGUUGUUCAGUUUGGUGCUCAAAAAAGUGUGGCAAACUCUUUAAGUAUGCGAAAACUCACCCAAAGUUGCUGUAAUUUAUAUUGUUUUUUUUACAUAAUAUCUUGUCCUUAAGUUAACAGGUAGUGUGAAGUUGUUCUCGGUACUUUCUCCACCAGUUGUAUUGUGUUGGUUAUGAUGCACCCACAUAUGUAGACAAUAUCACUCCUUCAGUGUACAUGGAGCUUGCACCCAGAACUCACAAUAGAAUAGACUCAGGUUCAUUGUACAUGUAGAACUAAAUAACAUACUUAUAUCUUUGUAAACUUCUUUGACAAACUGCAUAUUUUCCCAUGAUUAGGUAAAUGCAGCAGCAGGAAAAGGAAGUGGACAGUGUGUGGGUGUGCAUGUAUGUGUGUGUGUGUGUGUGUGUGUGUGUGUGUGUGUGUGUUCUUACCUAUUUGUAUUUUUACAGGAUUGACACAAGCUUGUAAUAUCCAGUAUUUCAAAGUGUGUCUGCGUGUAUGUGUUUGUGUGUGCAUGUGUGUGUGCGUGUUGGUAUGCACUCACGAGACAGACAAAGAAUCUGCUGUGAACAUAUUUUGGCCAGGUUUAAUCAUACAGCAUGUAGUCACUCACCAUGGCACACACGUUAGUUCCACCUCCUGCACAGCUCUGAGCCACCACAAACUGCAAGUCGCUGACACUGAGCCUCCUCCUCGGGACAGUGUCCAGGGGGCGGUGUCUCGGCAUGAACAAGGUGGCCAUUGAUACUGUCUUAGCCAAAUAGGAUGUGUUACCUUAUAAGUCUCAGAUUUUGAAUUAAACUUUCUGUAUGUACUGAUAACAUAUUUUGUGAAUAAAAUGCUGGGAAAAGUUUC